UCGCAUUGUUUAUCAAGCAAGAUGCGUGUAGCUGUUUCGUUUCUCAUCUUCGUAACUUACGCGACCCAAGCCCGCAGUGCGCGUGCGAGGGAGUUCACACACGUGCGAGGGAGUUCACACACGUGCGAGGGAGUUCACACACGUGCGAGGGAGUUCACACACGUGCGAGCUGAAGUACCUGCGAGCCACGAGCUAGCGGGCGCUGCCCAACCCAGCAGGCUGCAGCCUGGCCGCCUGGCGAACAGCGAGCCUGCCCACCUGGGCCAGUUCCCCUACCAGGCGCUCAUAGUGGGCGACCACACCUCCGUGUGUGGCGGGUCGCUCAUCUCGGAGGCGUGGGUCCUCACCAGUGGCCUCUGCGCCUACCACCAGUCCAGUUUCCAGGUGUCUCUGGGGCUGACCAACAUGUCGGACAGUGAGCGUGGCAAGAAGACCUUCGUCUCCCGGGAGGCGAUACUGCACGAAGACUUCAACAUCUACACCUUCGUCAACGACAUUGCGCUCAUUCAUGUCACGGCUCACGUCAUCUUCUCACCAUUGUUGAGCCCGGUGGGACUGCCUGCCUUCGCCGACGCCUCCCAGAGCUACGACGACCGCGAGGUGGACGUGUCUGGCUGGGGAGAGAUGUGCGACGGUGGAAACUACGUGGACAACCUGCACUUCAUCAGCACGUAUGUCAUAUCGAACGCCCGGUGCGCCGGCGUGUACCCGGAUUAUGCGGUUCCAGCGAGCAAGCUGUGCACCUGGGACUCUCGCAACGAGGGAUUGCUGCAUUUCGACAGCGGGGACCCGGUGGUGCUGCGCGGCCAGAGAGGCCCCGUGCAGGUGGGGGUGGGAUCCUUCUCGGCCAGGAGCGUGUGCCGCGCCGCUCUGCCCAGCGCGCACACCAGGGUCACGGCCUACCUCGGCUGGCUGAACAACCACACCAGGCUGAUAGUGGCGUAGCUCGCCCUCUCCACACACCUGUAGUCAUGCUGCAGGUGUAAUGACUACAUUUUUAAGGACUUUUCAGUUUUUAUUGACCUUCAUAUAAACUUAGCGCUCUUUGUAGUUCCAGUAACCUGGAUCUUCGUAGAUCCCGACUUCUGAGCUCUGUGUUCCGCCGUAAACAAGCUGAACUAGCGGCGUCAAAAUAAGACUGUGUUUACUGUGCACUUAUCAAAUACUCAAUGGUUUUGGUAAUACUUCAAAAUAAUUAUUUUGUGUUCGUAUCGUAACUAUCAUUUCCUUCAGUCAAACAACAAAUAAAAAAGGGGGGUGUAAGACUAGAAAAAGGCAGUUAACUAAAAGAAUAAUGAUAGAUUAGGGGAAAUGUAAGACUCGAGAAAAGAAAAUCAGUGCAUUAGAUAUUAAUAGAUUUAUCAUCACCGAAAUUUGAUCAUAUUUUACGAACGAAGGGGAAACGGUGUAUAACUAUGAGGAAUGUUUUACAGUAUUGCGUGUGCUGGUCAAUUCACAUGCGCAUUCCUAGCACACACUGCUCUAAACCACACAUACAUCUCAACAUCAUGUUACUCCAAACACAGGCCUGGUUCACCAACCAUUUUAUAUACCUCAUCAAUAAUUAUAUUACAAUUUUCUUUUUAGAAUUUACAAUAUUCUUUGGGAUAGUUAUAUGAAAUAUAUGUAUGUGUGUGUGCUUACUCUUUGACUAGAUCAUUAAACUUAUACAUACAAUUUACAACUAUUUGGUCAACAGACAAAUAAAAAAAAAGGGAUGCAAAACAGAACUCUACUGCUCUGACACAUUAUACUGCUUAUAAAACGUUUGCAGCAAACGCUAUUUCAAUGAUGAUCUAGUUAUAUAUAUACUUAAAUAUAUAAAUCUUUUAUUUUACAUUCAACAUACCCAUAAUCAUUUAUCUCAGAUACUUCCCAGAUGUACUUACACAGCUUCAUAGCUUUAAUUUUACAGUUUUUGUUGGGUACCCUAAGACUUACAUUAACAAGGCUCCAAAGUCAUCAGUUGCCUAGACCAAAAUAACCCUGGGAUCUGAAAUGAUCAAUCCAAGCUGUCUUUACCACAAAUAGUAGAAUUUAAUAUUUACUCAUGCCAAGCACCAAAUGAAACGACAGCACAAUUCACGUGAUACCAAAGAAUUAAAUGCUGCUGCUUUACAGAGUAAAACUUGUUGUAAUGUUAAAGUUAUUAUAUAAGAAUAUCUCGUUAAAUUUAUUUUCUAAGAAUAACACACUGAAAUAAUUUACAUACAAAAAUGAUUAGCUUGUUUAAAGAUUAAAAUCAUUUAUUUCAUUAUUUACUUCCAACCCAGAUAAUUCAGGUUUAUCAAAGAAAAAAAUAUAUUUAGCUUUAUUUAGAAUGUCAAUUUUUUAAUAUUUGUCAUAUUUGACACCUCAGUAAGGUUAAAUUAAUUUAUGUAACACAAAUAAUAAACAUGUCACUAAGAAGCCAGUGACACUGACUUCUAUGCGGAAGUUUCAGUCGUGGGUAGGCAGCCAGAAUGUUAAAAUAGCUAUUUUGUACAGCUUAGUACGCAAACUAUAGAUACGUGUUUUUCCCCCUUCAGAAAAAAUAAAGUUUCACGUAUAUAUAAAAUAAUAAACCGAUAGGUGCCAAAACAUGCAUAAAGACAAUAUGCAUGCGAUACUCAAAGAAAAUGCAUAUUUUAUAAACAUUCCCUAAGCUAAAUGCUGUACGGCGUCACAUCGAACUAUUUUUUUAACGUAACCUGGCAGGCGUCACUAACUGCCUAACAUUGAACGUGCUUGUCAGGUAGCUACCCCUCCCUCGCCGGCAUUACGCAGGGCAUUAAUCAUUUUUAAAAACUGUUUGUUUACAAUAAUGUUAAAUCACUCUUUGGCUUCAGUGUGGAGAAAAUUUGUGGGCCAUUUUUAUGUACAGUAUUGAAUAUUUUGAAUCAAGUAUGCUAACAGAAAAAAAACAAGGAAUUAAUUUUCGUUUACUGACCCAGAAACUAAUAUUUUAGCAUUAUGUAUGCCGUCUAGUGCAAUAAUUGAAUAAACGCAGUACAUGUACAGUGAAUAAACUAUUUUCAAUCAUUUAAGUAGUUAUUUAAUUACAUAAUGGUAAAUGUAUGUUUUCAUUAUCCCUCUGGAUUAUGAUAAUUGAUAACACACUAAAAACUAGCUAUUGUUGGAUUUUCCCACGAGACAAUAUUGACUUCUAAGUGCUUCUAGCGAAGACAGUUAAGUGACAAAUUUAACAUUAUUUUUCGAGAAAAUAUCAAACCACGAUAAUGCUUCUUUACUUAUUUCAAACGAAUGGUUUCUACUUGCAUCUUCAGAACAGUCAAAAAAUAAUAAUAAUUGUCAGCUAGUCUCUUAGAAUUCGCUAGUGAUGUGUAAACAUCUAACAUCGGUAACGAGCAACAAGUGUUCUCAUGUUGCAAAUACACUCAUAAUACUAAACUCGGACACCUAUUUUAACGUAUUUAUUCUUCAGAAAAGAGCCUUAAGAAUUUUGUGUAAUAAAAGACCCAGAGACUCUUGUAGAGGUUUAUUUGAGAGUGAAAGAAUUUUCUCUCUGACUAAUCAAUACAUUUACAAUGCCUUAUCAUACAUAAUUGAUAACUUAGGAUUCUUUAUAAAUAAUCAUGAAGUGCACAAAUAUAAUACAAGAUAUAAUGAAAACAUUCAUUUACCUUCUGUAUCAUUAUCAGUUGUUCAGAAAGGUCCCUUUGUGUCUCUGGCAAAAUUUUUUAACUCACUACCUAACCAAUAUAAAGUAUUAAGCUGUCAAGAUAAAAAUAAAUUUAAGGUUAAAGUAAAGUAAUUAUUACAUAAGAAUUGUUUUUAUAAUAUCAAUGAAUAUUUUAACUCAUGUAGUUCUUUUAAAAAUCAUUUAUAAUUUAUAUAGGUAGUUGUUAUUCAAUAUGGUGUGGUAUGUUGUCUUUUUUGUAUCACGUUUGUAUCGUGAUUAUGAUUUGUUAAUAUGUCUAUUUGUUUUUAUCAAUUUGUAAUCUUUGUUAUAAUUUAUAUGUGCAAUUAUUGACGUUCUCUAUACCCCAAUUGUAUUACAUACAUGUAUAGGGGUCAACAGAGAGAUGUAAUUAAAUAUAAAAUAAAUAUAAAUAUAAACGUA